AUGAUUUUUGAAGUCAGAAUGAAUAGUUGUGUGAGGGUAGAGUAUCCGUCAAAAGUGUGUUUGAUAGAAGAUGUGUUUGGAGGUUUGGUGGUUUGGCCUCUGGGCAAUCGCACCCUAUUUAUCUCCCUUAACUAUACUUCCAAACCUAUGAUAUCUCGUCAAACUCCACUUUGCAUUGUUGUCCAAAGUAUACAAAAACGUCAUCACGUGAGAUGUAUAUACAUUUCCAACGGCGUCCGACAUUUCCGAGAAGCACUUCUUGUCAUGGUCGAAUUCCUGCAUUUUCGAAGCCAAGGGCCAAUCAAAGAAAUUUCUUCGGAUCGCCUUAUACGGCUAAUGAGCGAAUCAAGCCAAAAUUCAUAUGGGAGUCAGCGAAAGUCAAGUCCCGAUUCAGCUCGCCCUGAAUUGUGCGGUGAAACCACUUUUUGCAGGUCAGCACAACACAUCUUGCGCAUUGCGACCGCUUUACUGCUGGAAUUCUGGACACAUGACGGAAUAUUCGCAGAGAACAACCCAAAUUUCUUCGACCCUGCAAAUUCUAAUGAUUUAACGAAUACCCGUGGCCCAAACGCUUCCAGCAGAGGCCCUCAACAGACGUUUCAAAGCGGUGUGAAACACCCAAUCUUACCUCUCUUGGGCGGCAUGGUCCGUCCCCGCGAUGCUAGGCCCUGCAACUGGGUGAGGUACAAAGUAGGGAUCUGCACAGUUGUGGUCGAAAAGAAUCGCAUCUCUCGUCCUCGCUGGAGGAUUCGUGGCGGUGCGUUUGAGAAUGCCAUCAAAGCUCCCAGCUCCUCAGCCUUGAAAGUGGGGAAGUGA